CUGCGGCUCCGCCGUCCCCCCGCCGCAAGCCGUCCGCUCGCAGUGUCUGCCGGGAGUCGUGCCCUGUGGCCUGUCGGGAAGAUGGAGGAUUCUGUGCUCGAUGACUUUCUCAAGAGGAACCGGGAGAUGGCGGAUCACAGCCUGGAGCGGCUGCGCGGCCUGUCUGAAAGCGACAAACACUGGACGGCGCGAAGGAGCUUCCUGGUGCGGAACCUGUCCGAUUACCCGCGGGACCGCCUGGAUUACCUGGUCGCGCUUUCCAUGGUCUGGUCCAACCAUGUCUUCAUGGGCUGUCGUUACAGCAAUCAGCUUAUGGAAAAGGUUUUGGAUAUGGCAGAUGGCGUACAUGUGGAAGAUGCACCACAUUUCACCACGAGAGAUGAAAUAAUGCAACAGAGAAAGUAAAAGACUGCACCAGGACAGAGAUCUUUUGAUGGAACUGCUGUUUAUACUGUAAGCUUCCCCAGGUGUUGCAGAGAAGAUAUACGGAGAUCGCUGUACCCAAAGAGUCAAAUUUAUUGCAGAUCUUUAAUCUGAAUCUCCUACCAGAUUCUUUUAAUAUGGUUACAUUUAUUAACCGUAAAGAUUAUGGAAGAUUUGUGUAAUUCUCUUACACAGUUGUAAGUGGGAAUUAGGUACAGACCUGCUUAGAGAAUGGAAGGAACGUUGUAAAAUAUCAUCAGCCAGGAUCAAAAUGUUGAAUGAUUUUAGAGUUGGCAUUAAAUGUUUGCUGUAUGACUGCAUCAGCUAAAUUGAUAACCAGGUUACACUCUCUAUUCCUGGGUCAAAGUUAAAUAAUUGAUCAUUACAUGAUGCUGCCUUUUGCAGGAGGAGAAAGAAAUGUUUUUCUUUUAAAACUGUUUGGAGUUUGGAAAAGGAAUAUUUUAAUAUUUUCCAUUUGCAUCUCAAAGUAGAUUGUAUGAUGCUGUUUGGCUUUUAGAGCAAGGUCCAACAUCUAUUUAUGAUCUUACUUGUUAAAUUAGUUUGUAGACGAAAUUGAUUCUACCAUAAACAAGCCAAUACAUUUCAUGUUAUUUUCUGACCUAUUCUGGAUUUCCAUUUCCAUGUUCUUGCUAAUGUGUAUAUUUGGAUUUUUUUGGGGGGAGGGAAGCAGUUUGAUAGCGAAAAUAUUCAUUUUUAAAGAUGUAUCAAUUGGAUUUCUACUUUGUGAUAAAGGUCUGAUGUAUCUUUUCUUGACCGAAACUCAAUGUAUUAUUUGUUAUGGUUUAAGAUACGAUGAAACCUAAGAUUUCAAAUGUUAAGAAUCUUGGAUGUCCAAUUAAACACCCUCAUGACUGAAA